AAACCUUCCUUUGUCCAAACCCAGCCUCUUCUUCCUGUGAUGUCAUACUACAAAUCUAGGAAGCCUUUCUUUUUCACUUCAGAGAAAGCUCAUCUCACAGUCACAGCUGGCAACUGCGGAAAAGGCCUCAAUUCAGCAAGAGCAAACACGCUCAGGAAUUUAUUUCGGAACCUCUAAAAGAUUCUUCUACUUACCACCAUCUGGGAUCUACUGCACGAAUACCAAAAAGGAAAACUUUUUUUUUUUUUAAAAAGGCUUCAUUUAGAAAAAGCAAAAGACAAACUGGGAAUGUUUAAGUCUCUGAAAUUCUGCACUGAAAAGUAAAAUAAGAUAGAUAACCUAAGCUUAAACAGUUUGGAGUGUAAGAGAAUAUUAACUUUGAACAUUCAUCUUGACUACAGAAAGACCAGAUUACGAGACAAAGUGGCUGUUUCUCCAGACUCGGAACGCGGCGUUGUCUAUGCCGGCCGCCUUACGGGUUGGCUUCCUUGACUGCACUUUCUCGUCACUUAAACUCUGGAUUCAUGGAUUAUCUGGAUACUAGAAAAUGAGAGUCCUCUCCUGUGGAAGAACCUACUAGAGACUUUGGAGUACUCGGUUUCAUGUUUCUCUUGGAGAUUUCAGAGAAAAAGGAGACAUUUUACAAAACUGCCCAAAGAGCCAAAUACUUUGCAAAAAGUAUACGGGAAGUUAUAGUAACCAAAAUCUGAAUAGCAAAGGAGACUGCAGCUGACAAAAGGACCUCGGCGCCACACGCUGGACGGCCUUUAUAAUGGUAAGCACAAACAGCUCCCACUGCGUGUAUGAUGACUCUUUUAAGUACACUUUGUAUGGCUGCAUGUUCAGCAUGGUGUUUGUGCUUGGCUUAAUAUCCAACUGUGUUGCCAUAUACAUUUUCAUCUGCAUCCUCAAAGUGCGGAAUGAAACCACAACGUACAUGAUUAACUUGGCAAUGUCAGACCUGCUUUUCGUUUUCACUUUACCCUUCAGGAUUUUUUACUUUGCAACGCAGAACUGGCCGUUUGGAGAUUUACUCUGUAAGAUUUCUGUAAUGCUGUUUUAUACCAACAUGUACGGAAGCAUUUUCUUUCUGACGUGCAUCAGUGUAGACCGGUUUCUGGCAAUCGUCUACCCAUUUAAGUCAAAGACGCUGAGAACCAAACGAAACGCAAAGGUGGUCUGCGCUGCCGUGUGGCUCACCGUGAUGGGAGGAAGUGCGCCAGCAGUUUUUUUUCAGUCUACCAACUCACAGCCCAACAAUACCUCGGAAACCUGCUUUGAAAACUUUUCAGAAGCCACGUGGAAAACUUACCUCUCAAGGAUUGUAAUUUUCAUCGAAACAGUGGGAUUUUUUAUUCCUCUAAUUUUGAAUGUAACUUGUUCUAGUAUGGUGCUAAGAACUUUAAAUAAACCUGUUACAUUAAGUAGAAGCAAAAUAAACAAAACUAAGGUUUUAAAAAUGAUUUUUGUACACUUGAUUAUAUUCUGUUUCUGUUUUGUGCCUUACAAUAUCAAUCUGAUUUUAUAUUCUCUUAUGAGAACACAGACAUUUGUUAAUUGCUCAGUCGUGGCAGCCGUAAGGACGAUGUACCCAAUCACUCUCUGCAUCGCCGUUUCCAACUGCUGUUUUGACCCUAUAGUUUACUACUUUACGUCGGACACAAUUCAGAAUUCAAUAAAAAUGAAAAACUGGUCUGUCAGGAGAAGCGACUCCAGAUUCUCUGAAGUUCAAGGAACAGACAAUUUUAUUCAACACAGCCUACAGACCUUAAAAAAGAUAUCUGACAAUGAAUCUACCAUAUAAGCUAUCUGAAAUAAAACCACUGGAACCUCCAAGCUCCAUUAACUGUGAAAGGUGUUCUUACAAAAGCUUUUCUCCUCCUCUGAAACAAAUUAACACGUGGACAUUUACAUGUUUUUAAAGAAUAUUUGUAUUCAAUGUGUUAAGCAUUAAAAAAUAUUCUAUUCUUGAUAUAUAAUCCAUUUUAUUUUUCUUUAAUGUGUUUAUUUUGAUUUAAUAUGGUCUUUCUUCAUUAAAAUAUCUUUAAAAAGUUA